AUCACAACAACACAGAUGGCGAAUACGCCAGAUGCGAGGAGAAAGGCCCAGCCUGUACAGAGCGAGACAGCUGAUGCAACCCCCCAAUUUGAGCCCCGAAGACGGCCGACGGAGAUCACAGAACGCGCCGUCGAGCCAUAUAAACGGAUCCGAUCGUCGCAGUCGUCGAUGGCCGGGCCGCUGACUACUUCACGAGCAGCCGGAGGUGGCCAACUACAGGGACAACCCGGCUGGGAGGAUCAGGAGAUUGAAGUGAGCAGCAAGAAAGAAGACACGGGGUUGAAGUUGCGUCUAGACUUGAAUCUGGACGUGGAGGUUGAUCUCAAGGCCAGCAUCCAUGGGGACCUGACGCUGUCUCUGCUGUACGUUAUCCUCGCUCUCUCAAUUCGAUCCAUUCUCUGAUACAAGAUGCAGUUCCUAAUGUUCCUAGCAAGUAAGGGGGGAAAGAGUGACUCACAUAUAGUAUCCUACACCUCCUGUAUUAUACUGUAUCUAUACUGCAUGAUGCAUCUCAGACAAGCUUUCUCUUUACACUCCCGGUGUAGCCACCCAGCCAGUAGUAUUGUCGGCUCUAUGCAUCCAUAGAAGCGAGAGAUGAGUUCGUCCU